GAGCAUGUGUGUUGGGACAUGGUGCACACGAAGUGGGGGCUCUCAGGUUGGGUGGGGGAAGGAGUCCAGGGAAACAGAGUGUGCCUUUGUGAGGGUGUGUGUGCGCCGCGAGUCUGUGCAGUGGGUGUGGGUGUUUGUCUCUCUGUAUCCGCCUUCUCUCUCAUCCUGCACUUUUAGCCUUCCUGGGCUCUCCUUCCUCAUGUCCUACCUCCUCUCUCUUGGGGCUCCAAGUGGGUGCCCCGCUGGACGAGAGGGGCACACUCCAAGACCUAGUUCAACCCCAGAUGCUGCCUGAGGUUUCCCUCCAGUUCCCCCUCCCUUCCUUUUCUCCCUUUACUCCCUCCCUCUCUUUCCCUUCCUCCCUCCCCCCCCCCCCACCAGGCUGGCGUGCCAGGGGGUGGGACAUGCCAAUCACUGGCUGUGCCUCUCCCGCUGCCAGCACAGGGCGCAGCUCCCCCCGGGAGCCAGGUGUUUGGGUCCCAAGAGACACCACCGGCCCGGGAGAGGCAGUGGAACUGAGGACCCCACAGACCCCUGUCCAGCCAGCCCCAUGGUGAUGCUCCUCCUCUGAGGAAAUCCUGUGACUGGAGAGAGGGACAGCCCCCUCAUCUCACCAGACCACCAUGAACACCUCAGCCCCACCUGCUGUCAGCCCCAACAUCACAGUCUUGGCGCCAGGCAAGGGUCCCUGGCAAGUGGCCUUCAUCGGGAUCACCACAGGCCUCCUGUCUCUGGCCACAGUGACAGGCAACCUUCUGGUACUCAUUUCCUUCAAGGUCAAUACGGAGCUCAAGACCGUCAAUAACUACUUCCUGCUGAGCCUGGCCUGUGCCGACCUCAUCAUUGGCACCUUCUCCAUGAACCUCUAUACCACGUACCUGCUCAUGGGCCAUUGGGCUCUGGGUACACUGGCCUGUGACCUCUGGCUGGCCCUGGACUAUGUGGCCAGCAAUGCGUCCGUCAUGAAUCUGCUGCUUAUCAGCUUUGACCGCUACUUUUCUGUGACCCGGCCCCUGAGUUACCGUGCCAAGCGCACACCCCGCAGGGCUGCUCUCAUGAUCGGCUCUGCCUGGCUGGUCUCCUUCAUCCUCUGGGCCCCGGCCAUCCUCUUCUGGCAGUACCUAGUCGGGGAGCGGACAGUGCUGGCCGGGCAGUGCUACAUCCAGUUCCUCUCCCAGCCCAUCAUCACCUUUGGCACAGCCAUGGCAGCCUUCUACCUCCCUGUCACAGUCAUGUGUACACUCUACUGGCGCAUCUACCGGGAGACAGAGAACCGAGCCCGGGAGCUGGCAGCCCUACAGGGCUCCGAGACACCAGGCAAAGGGGGCGGCAGCAGCAGCAGCUCAGAAAGGUCGCAGCCGGGUGCUGAGGGCUCACCAGAGACGCCCCCCGGCCGCUGCUGCCGCUGCUGCCGCGCUCCCAGGCUCCUGCAGGCCUACAGCUGGAAGGAGGAAGAGGAGGAGGAUGAAGGUUCCAUGGAGUCCCUCACAUCCUCUGAGGGAGAGGAGCCUGGCUCCGAGGUGGUGAUCAAGAUGCCCAUGGUGGACCCUGAAGCUCAGGCCCCGGCCAAGCAGCCACCCAAGAGCUCUCCAAAUACAGUCAAGAGGCCCACCAAGAAAGGGCGUGACCGAGCUGGCAAAGGCCAAAAGCCCCGCGGGAAGGAACAGCUGGCCAAGCGAAAGACCUUCUCGCUGGUCAAGGAGAAGAAGGCGGCUCGGACCCUGAGUGCCAUCCUCCUGGCCUUCAUCCUCACGUGGACGCCAUACAACAUCAUGGUGCUGGUGUCCACCUUCUGCAAGGACUGUGUUCCGGAGACCCUGUGGGAGCUGGGCUACUGGCUGUGCUACGUCAACAGCACCAUCAACCCCAUGUGCUACGCACUCUGCAACAAAGCCUUCCGGGACACCUUCCGCCUGCUGUUGCUCUGCCGCUGGGACAAGAGACGCUGGCGCAAGAUCCCCAAGCGCCCUGGCUCUGUGCACCGCACCCCUUCCCGCCAAUGCUGAUGGGGCCCCCCACUCCUGCAUCCUUCCACCCCAGCCCCAGGAAGAGGCCAGUGGAAAGCGCGGAAGGGCUAUGUCUCAGCCCCAGGGCCCUGCUCAGGCCUCUCCCUGGCUUCCCAAGGCCCCAGGGUCACCUUCCUGGACAGCCCAGAAAGGAGAUCCUGCCAGCUUCCCAAACUGGGAGUGAAACCUGGGGAACUGGUUUUUCUGUUCCCUGCUGUGUGGGAAUGGGCUAUUCACCAGGAAGAAAGCCCAGGAGGAGGAUCCGGGCUUUGGGAUCCUUGUUUGCGUUUAGGCAGGAAGUCAGGAGCCAGCAGGGCGGGCCAGGAGUUUAACUGGGCAAGCGGCAUCUCUGGCCAAGCAAGGGCCCCGACUGCACUGGGAGAUGGCGCCCCCUUGGCCUAUAGCAAGGAAUUGACACCAAAAACAGAAAAGCUUAGGCAGGCGAGGGUGAUCCCUAGCUGGAGAAUCCCUCCCUGCAUAGGCAGAGCCCACCCAGCUAGGCUCUAAUCAAACUCUCCAGGAUUGUCUAGCCUCCUUACAGAUGUCCCCAGAUCACCUGUGGGUCACCAUGUGGGUCACCUCCAAGGCAACUGUUCAACUAUCAGCAAGAUAGGGAAACCAGAGGGGAUCAACUUGGCUAGUCACACAUCAGAUGGCAAGGCAGCAGCAGGACCAGAUGCCAGGUGUCCUAGCUAUCCCUGGAGGAGGAAGGGAUAAGGUGGGAUUAGGUGCCUGCUAUCCAGCCCCACGCCCAUCCUCCCCUCUCCCUACCCCAAAGUAGCCUCAUUCCCUCCCUCCUGGCUCACAGCCACCACCCGGAUGGAUCUGCUCUGGGCAGAUCCAGCCAGGCUUCUUGCAUGCUGCCUGCUUCCAGCCUUGCCCCACACACCAGCCAGCAGGUUUAUCUUCUGUGAACUCCCCAAUCCAACCCAUGCAUGGCCUCCCAGCCACCCUGAUUUUCAGGCCCAUCCUGGCCCCAAAUGUUUCUUCCUUCCAUCCUCAGCUUGUGCUGAGUUUGUGAAUAAAACCACAUAACCAGCGAGCAUUAA